CGGUGCACACAUCUGCACCACUCUUCAAACUUGGAAGCGCCAUUGCCAGAACCUUGCACCUUUUCUCUCCGCCUCUCUCACGAAACCGCUCGUUUAUGCUGAAACGAGCCCAAUUGGUCUUGUGGAUCACUCCGAUUUCAAGGCUUAAGAGGUUCGAUUCGUCUUUAUCUCAUCAGAAUCUGGUGAUUAACGGAGUUCUUUCGGCAACUGAUUCUGUGGAUUGUAACUCAUAGUACCUCACUUUCUUGGUCAGUCGCGUUUUGGUCUUCAGAGGGCCUUCAAAUCUUCGUACAUUUGAAACCUUGCAUUUGUUGGUGAAGUAACAGGAGAGCAAUCAUGGAUGUCGACUCGCAACCAACCAUGGAAGAAACCAUCUUGGUUGGUGAUGAUUUAAUGAUGGGGCCACCAUCACCCAUCAUUCCACCUGAAAUUGCAUCUCAUGUGCUUGAAGGUGUUGAAUUAUGUGAUGGUAUAUUGAGGAAUCUCUUUUUAUGCUUGCAAAUCAAUGAUAUCGAACCUUUUUGUCAAGAUGAAAUAGCUGUUUAUCGACAGUGUGCCGAAAAACGGGAUAGAGAACUAAGACAACGGCUUCAAGAUAGCGAAAGAAAAUUAGGGUCAUCAAUGCCUCUAGAUGCAGCAAAGGAAAGGGCUACGCAACUCGAAUCAGAAGUAACGUCAUUGGAGAGACGUUUGAUUCUUGCUAGUGGAGUUGAGGGCAUGGAAGGAUUCCGUCAAAGAUGGAGUUUACACGGUCGACUCACCGAUACCAAGAAAAGGCUGGAAUCUUUAAAGCAAGGAAUCGAGAUCAGGAGAGACGAUAAGCCAGCAGCGGAGAAAACGUCGACUUCCAAAAGAUGGUUCUUUUAGUGUAAGUGCUUGAUUCAGAUACCAGGCUUCUUCCUAUUUGGUUCUUAAAGGCUCAAUGAACAAUGAUUCUUCUGAAAUGAAUACAAACAAGGGGUUGAGUUUUAGGCUCUAAUUAGUCUGA